UAGUCGGUACCUUUUUAGUGUUACACAUGGCCGUACCUCACUGUAAGGAAGUGUCCACGGACAACUAUCUACUUAUCUAAUUGUAAUUUACACAACUAUAUACUUAUUAUUAUGCUCUUGUACACAACUAUCUACUUAUCUACUACUACUAGUGACUGUAAUUACAUCCUUUAAAUUGUCAUGUACACAACUAUCUACUACUACUAGUGACUAGUCUUACAAGAUCUGGACCAUGGCUAAGCUUCAGGGGUUUGAUUUCUGGAAGAAGACCCUGAAAGAAGCCUGCUUCGUGGUGGCACCCAUGGUGGACCAGAGUGAGCUGGCUUGGCGUCUACUCAGCCGUCGCCAUGGCGCCCACCUGUGCUACACACCUAUGCUUCAUGCUCAGGUGUUUGUUCGGGAUGCCAACUACAGGCGGGAGAACCUCUACAACGAGGUGUGCCAGGAGGACAGACCGCUGAUCACUCAGUUCUGUGCCAAUGACCCCGAGGUGUUCAUUCAGGCAGCCAUGUUGGCGCAGGACUAUUGUGACGCCAUUGAUCUCAACCUGGGUUGUCCUCAGAUGAUCGCCAAAAGGGGACACUAUGGAGUCUUCCUGCAGGAUGAAUGGGAGCUGUUGGAAAAAAUGGUCAGGCUGGCCAAUGAAAAGCUGUCGGUGCCAAUCACAUGUAAGAUCCGCAUCUUCCAGGACCUUGACAAGACCGUCCGCUACGCCCAAAUGCUGGAGAAGGCAGGAUGCCAGCUGCUCACAGUACAUGGCAGGACCAAGGAGCAGAAAGGAGCCAUGACAGGAAUUGCCAGCUGGGAGCACAUCAAAGCAGUACGGAAGGCCCUCCACAUUCCUGUGUUUGCUAACGGCAACAUCCAGCAUCUGAGUGAUGUGCAACGCUGCAUCCAGGAGACAGGUGUGCAAGGGGUGAUGAGUGCAGAGGGGAACCUCCAUAACCCAGCACUGUUUGAAGGGCACAGCCCCCCAGUGUGGGAGAUGGCUGAGGAGUACCUGGACAUGGUCCACAAGCAUCCACCCUGCAACUUGUCCUUUGUACGAGCACACCUCUUCAAACUGUGGCACCACACGCUCCAGGUCCACCAGGACCUGAGGGAGGAGUUGGCCAAGGUGAAGACCUUGGAGAGUUUGGCCAACGUUAGCAAAGAGCUGAAGAUGCGCUGCCAGGAUGAGAUAGCCAGAGGACAUGAGAAGAAGAAUGAGGGUGUCCCUCACUGGAUCUGCCAGCCCUAUGUGAGACCACAGCCCAAAGAUCCAGCUGCCAAAGGUGAGGAGUCCCAAGUCCAGAAGUGCCAGAAGAGAGUGCUGGAGGACUGGGACGGGACAGGGCAGACACUCUCCAAAAAUAAACUGAAGAAAAGAUCCCGCAACCCCAACAAGAACUUCAGCCCAGAUCAGAAACCCAAGUACAUCAAAUGUGAAGAGUGUGGGAAUCCAAAGGGAAACAAGUGUGUCUUCAGUCUGUGUCGAGGAUGCUGCAAGAAGAAGUCCUACAAGGAAGUGGCCAACUGUUUAAGUCACGGCUUGAAGUUCAAGACCAAGGCAGAGAGAAGUAAAGCUCUAGAAGGGAAGGACAUUGAGAUGGAGAGAAAGUGCAACUCUCCUCAGCAUCUUCUACAUCAGAAGGUUUAGGAUGGUCCUCGCUCUUGACAACCAUCUUCUACAUCAGAAGGUUUAGGAUGGUCCUCACUCUUGACAACCCUUUUCUACAUCAGAAGGUUUAGGAUGGUCCUCACUCUUGACAACCAUCUUCUCCAACAACUUGAUUAUCAUGAGCACAGCCUGUCAACAUUUGAAUAAAGGGCUCCUUCAAGAACUUGUAUUUGUUCAGAAGUACACAGAUACAAAUCAUGUGUGACUUUGUAAACACUACUCAGUCACAUGGAAGGUAUCUCCACUGGUCCCUACUCAGUCACAUGGAAGGUAUCUCCACUGGUCCCUACUCAUUCACAUGGAAAGUAUCUCUAUUGGUCCCUACUCAGUCACAUGGAAGGUAUCUCCACUGGGCCCCACUCAGUCACAUGGACGGUAUCUCCACUGACUGUGGUCCACUGGUUCCCACUCAGUCACAUGGAAGGUAUCUCCACUGACUGUGGUCCACUGGUCCCCACUCAGUCUCAUGGAAGGUAUCUCCACUGACUGUGGUCCACUGGUCCCCACUCAGUCACUUGGAAGGUAUCUCCACUGACUGUGGUCCACUGGUCCCCACUCAGUCACAUGGACGGUAUCUCCACUGACUGUGGUCCACUGGUCCCCACUCAGUCACAUGGAAGGUAUCUCCACAGACUGUGGUCCCCACUCAGUCACAUGGAAGGUAUCUCCACUGGUUCCCACUCAGUCACAUGGAAGGUAUCUCCACUGACUUUGGUCCACUGGUCCCCACUCAGUCACAUGGAAGGUAUCUCCACUGGUCCCCACUCAGUCACAUGGAAGGUAUCUCCACUGACUUUGGUCCACUGGUCCCCAUUCAGCCACAUGGAAGGUAUCUCCAUUGACUGUGGUCCACUGGUCCCCACUCAGUCGCAUGGAAGGUAUCUCCACUGACUUUGGUCCACUGUCACAAGACAUUUGGUUCACUUUGGGUGUGAUGUACACUGGUCCCCACUCAGUCACAUGACAUCAUGUUCACUUUGGGUGUGAUGUACACUGGUCCCCACUCAGUCACAUGACAUCAUGUUCACUUUGGGUGUGAUGUACACUGGUCCCCACUCAGUCACAUGACAUCAUGUUAACUUUGGUUGUGAUGUACACUGGUCCCCACUCAGUCACAUGACAUCAUGUUCACUUUGGGUGUGAUGUACACUGGUCCCCACUCAGUCACAUGACAUCAUGUUCACUUUGGGUGUGAUGUACACUGAUCCCCACUCAGUCACAUGACAUCAUGUUCACUUUGGGUGUGAUGUACACUGGUCCCCACUCAGUCACAUGACAUCAUGUUCACUUUGGGUGUGAUGUACACUGGUCCCCACUCAGUCACAAGACAUCAUGUUCACUUUGGGUGUGAUGUACACUGUUAAAAAGCAUUGUAGGAUUGUGGGUAAUCCAAGAUGGCGGCGCGCAUAGACGCAGCGGUUCAGAGCUCUCUUUUUUGGUGCAAGUUUUUGUUAUUUUUGCAUGUAUGGUGUGUGUGUGUCUGUCCACAUUAUGCCGGGCGACUAACAUCUACAGUCGACCCGAACUUCUUAAAUUGGGACUACGGAGUGAGUAAGAAGUCACAGCUGAGUUUCUUCGUUUACACGAGAUACCGGCGGACAUAGCCAGGACACCGGGCUCUCCGUGGAUUACAUUUCCCAGGAGAAGGAGGCAGAGGGACAGGAAGCAAAAGCGGGGCUGCAGAGCUGGCGUGCUAGCUAGGCUCCGCAAGCUGCCAUUCAAACCAUCGCUUCCCAGUAUUUUUUUUUAUCGAAUGCAAGAUCCCUCGCCAACAAGCUGGACGAGCUGAAGCUGCAGAUUGCGACAAAUAAGAUGGUCAGGGACAGCUGCAUUCUGCUCAUCACGGAGACGUGGCUUCACCCGCUCAUCCCGGACACGGCUAUCGAGCUAGCGGGCCGCACAACACAUCAGCAUGACAGAACCAAGGACUCCGGUAAGAGCAGAGGAGGGGGGCUGUGCAUCUACGUCAACAACAGCUGGUGCACCAACACCAAGACUGUUACCAGUCACUGCUCAUCUGAUUUGGAGUACGUUACUGUGAAAUGCAGACCCAUCUACCUUCCAUGGGAGUUUAAUGUUGUCAUGCUAACGGCUGUUUACAUACCACCGGCAGCUAAUGCUAGUAUGGCCCUCAGGGUGUUACAUGACUCCAUUAGCAGUCAACAAAGCGCGUAUCCUGAGGCGGUGCACAUCAUUGCUGGAGACUUUAAUCAUGCAGAAUUAAAAACUGUGCUCCCUAAAUUCCAUCAGCACAUUAAAUGUGCAACUAGGAGGAAAAAUACUUUGGACAAGGCAUACUCGAAUAUCAAGAGUAGCUACAGGGCUAAGCCACUACCACACUUGGGCCAGUCCGACCACCUGUCAGUGUUGUUAAUCCCAGCAUACACCCCCCUCAGGAAAAGUGCUCCCCCGACAACUAAAACUGUCAAAAUCUGGCCUGAGGGCGCCUCAUAGCAACUCCAGGUGUCAUGAUCCGUUACCCGGAUCAUGGCAUGAUUUAUGUUGGUAAUGUUUCUGUUUUAGUCUGUUUCCUGGGUGCACCCUCUUUCCUUGUUUACUGUUGUUUUCCAUGUGCACUGAUUCAACUCACCUUUCUUAGUUUAGCAAUUAGUGUUCCCACCAGGUGUUUUGCUUAAUCACUCGCCUUUAUAGUUUCCUGUCACCCAGCAAUAGUUGCUGGGUCAAUGUUUUCUGUAGGCAACAUUUACAUUCUCCUGUUUUUUCUCCUCGCUAUAGUAAGUUUGUACACACUAGCAUUCCUCGUUUUUCACCCUUGGUGACAUUUUGUGUUUUUUAGCCCCAUGCUUGCUAGUAUCCUCAGUUUGUAUUUUUGAUCCUGCCUUUCAAAUAAUUAAAAACCUUAAUCUUAUGCACGCCGCUCCUGCUUGUUUCCUGUGUUGGAGGGGAACACAACCAGCGAAGCUAUGCGUCCCCGAAGACGUAACACCAGGAUUGCUUUGAAAGAACCAACUGGGGCAUCUUUGAACAACAGGACCUGGAGGACUACACUUUA